AAUAAAUCCCUAAUGACCAUAAAACUAACCUCAAAUCAAAACACGAAAGAGUGAGAUUUAAUCAGUCGUUGUGCAUUCGGUGUUGUGAAUUAAUCAUCUUGUACAUCACAACGAUACUUAAUUUUUAUCAAAGAUGAUGCUAAGUAAAUUCAAUUCACUACGUGGACUGCUGUCAGCUGAAAAGAUGACAGUAGUGCUAACUCAAUCGUCAGGACUCAAGAGCUUUCCACCACCUAAAGAAUUUAAAGAUGUUGAGUUACCGGAGAAAGGGAGGUUGCGACCUAUGGAAAAAGUGCCUCAAUAUCCCCCCACUCUCAGACCAUUCAAAAUGCAGAAAAGAUUGAGGUACAUGAGGGGUCCAGAGCCUGUUCAUACUGAGUUACUGCAUAAACAGUAUGGCAUUGUCGCAACUGGUGGUGGUAGAUUACGACAUGAAAAUUUUGAGAUGAUUCGUAUGUUCUUUCUGAGGCAUUUGGAGCUCGAUUCGGGGAAAGUAUUCGCCAUGUGGCGAGUCGAUCCACCCUGGCAACCAGUCACCAAGAAGGGUCAAGGGCAACGAAUGGGAGGUGGAAAAGGACAUAUUAACCACUACGUAACACCAAUCAAAGCUGGGAGAGUAAUAGUGGAAGUAGGAGGGCACGUGGAGUAUUUUGAAGUGGAAUACACCCUCAGAAAUGUAGCAGCAAGGCUGCCCUUCAAGGCCGAAGCUGUGUCCUACGAAGGGAUGCUAGAGAAGCGAAGAAAAGAGGAAGAGCUGGAGAGAACGAAUUGCAAUCCCUGGACGUGGAAAUAUGUCAUACAGAAUAAUAUGGGGGGAUGUCACAGGUGGAUAUCCAAGUACGACAUGAGGUUCUUGGGAAAGUAUCUCUAAUUUUUUUCAUUAUUUUGUUUCUUAUUGAAUGAAUAAACCAAAUGAAACUAGAA